AAUGUUAGUGUGUGCACAUUCUGUUCCUAGUGACAUGUUACUACAACAAUUAUGUACAAAGCCAGUGUUUUGUUGGUGCCCUUAGGAACUAGGCACACCUUCUCUGCUCAUAAUAGCAUUAGCAACCUAUGUUACACAGGACAACUCACCUGGGAAUUUUCCUGUGUUUUAUCAGAACUGAGCGAAACAGAGAAGCUUCAGAGAGAAUUUAGGUUUUCAGCUCAUCGGUGCCGGGCAAUCGAUAAAUAUGUCAGAUCCAUACAGCUUCUUACAUCAGGAUGACAUCGAGAAGUUAUUUGAGCAUAAUACAUCACCCAAUAGAUCACAGACAAAAUCGAAAGUUUCCCACAAAUCUCUUGAGCUUCAAGGAAAGGAGUGUUUAUAUGCUAAUGGCGAAGAGAGGUCUCCAACGAAUGCAAGACGCUUUCCUGGCUAUAGAGUUUCUGACCACCUUGGAGAAGUUAUGAUACCUUAUGAUCCAGAGUGCGAAUUUUCGACUUCUAGAGAUCAGCUUAUGCACGACAGAAGAGCUGCACAUAGUGAAUUGGCUGCUUUGCUGGUGAAAAAUAAUAGCCUGCAGGCAGAGGUGUCUGAUCUGAAAAACAGACUGGCAGCUAAAGAAGCUCUCCUUCAGGAAGUGAAAAAUGAUUUAGUAAGCUACAAAGAAAACAAUGCUCGCCAGUUAUCCCAGAUCCACUCUCUUAAAGACCACAUCAAGGAAUUGGAACAUUUGAGCGCAUCUGUAAAUUGUGGAAAAUCAGAGAAAAAUGCCGAGCUCUAUUCCCUGAGACGGGAUAAUAACGAGUUGAAUGAAAGAGUUCAAGAGCUAGAACAAAGAAUUAGAAUGCACCUGAUUGAAAGAGAAAAAACAGAACAAAGAGCCAUCGGGCUAGAAAGGAAAAUGAAGGAAAGUAUUGGCAAAUUGUGCUCCUGUUUGAAUAUGGAUGUUGAGGAACAGGAAGAUCCCCUGAAUAUAAUGCUAACAAAGGUUGAAAAGCUAAUAAAAGAUUAUUUUGUGCAAAAAUCAAAAUUGUCAAGUCUGGAGGAGGUGUUGGCUGGACGACAAGUGGAGUAUAAAGCCAGCCGAGAAACCAUUGUGAGACUGGUUUCAGAGAUAGACAAACACAAGAAAGCUGUGUCAGGGCUUGAGGCACAACUGAAGGAUAUAAAGAUGGAACGAGAUGAAGCCAUACUGGUCAAACAAAGUGCUGGGAGAGAAAAGGAGCUUCUACUAGAGAAAAUAAAGGACAACCAUAAAGAAUGGAGCAGUUUUCAACAGGAGAUGGUGAAAAAAGAAAAAAAACUAAAUGAGCUGGACAGAAAUUUACGGACAUCUGAUUAUGAAGCUAAGGCCUCUCAUAGCCUGCACCAAAGCUUCAUAAUACAGCUUGCUACAAUACUCAGUAAUGGCUUUAUUGCUGUACCUAGAACAGAGGAAGCCAUUAAGGAACGAAUCCAAGAAAUUAGCAACAGCGAACAGGAAUGGAAAUCGACUGCAGAAGAGCUUCAGGAAAAGGUCCUCAAACUAACAAAACAAUUAGACCAACAGCGUGAUCUAUAUCAUGAAGCAGUUACUAAGUCAUAUAAAGCUGAAGAAAUAUUACAGGAAAACCAUGAAUCCCUUAAACACUUAAAAGGAAAACUUGCUUCAGAAGAGAUGAUUAAAGAUGGUUUUAAUGCAGAGAGGAAAAAGCUAAAGAAGUUUUUACUACAGAUGGCAGAAAAAUUAAAUGUUGUUCAAGAUAUAUCAUCAGGUGGUCUGACAUCCCAGUAUGAAGUACUACUAAACAAAGCAGAGGAGAUUAACCAAAGGGACAAAGGAUUUCUGAAGGAGAACAAAUCUCUUAUUUACAAUCUCCAGAAAAAGAUUACUUCCCAGGCAGAAAAAAUAGAGUUAAAAUCUUCAAAAAUUGAGCAACUAGAGAAGAAGAUCAAACAAAUAGAAAAAGAAAAAGAGCAACAACUUUUACUGAGCGCUGAGAACUCAGGAAGCCUGACAGCCCAAAAAUUGCAGAAGAAGGUCGAGAGACUUCAGGGACAGCUCAGUGAAAUGAAAAUUGCUACUCAAACUCUGACUGCUCAGCUUGUCGAUAUGAGUGAGCUAAAGGAGCGAACCAUCCAGCAAAAGAAAACGAUAGAAGAGCUCAGCCGAGCUUUAGAGAAACUGGAGAAAAUUAAGGAGAAAGCUGCUAAAAAGGUGGUGAGCCUAAAGAGUGAGCUGGACUACACUGAGCAUGAGUUUCGAGGAGAUAAAGAAAGGUGCCAACACAUGGUAGAGGCAGUCACUAAUGAGCUGCACACAGCCAAAAGAGCACUUGAGGAGGUAGCAAAGAGGGAGAAACAGCUUGUUGACUUCCGAGAAACCAUUACAAGGAUGAUGGGAUUUAAUAUAAACACUUUGGCUGUGCCAGACCACGAGGUAUUUGACCAACUAAAGCGUGUUUUGCGAAAACAUGGACCUGUAGACCCUGGCAGAACAGAUCGCUCAAAGUUGCCAUAUGGUUUUAGGACAGGAGAUGGUGAUCCAGAGUACACUGUACAACACAUGAAUGCAUUUCACAAUGCUAGAAUUUGAUUGGUAAACGGCCCUUAUGCCAACCAGAGAUUUAUUUUCACAAUGAAUUGCUGUUAGCUGCUAUGGGAGACUACACUGGGGCAUAUUUGCAAAAUAUGUAGUAAUUACACAUUUAUUAUUCCAUUUAUAAUCUGUAUGCUGUGUAAAGAUUAAUUCAAUUGUACUACAGGUAUAGGAUCCCUUAUCCGGAAACCCGAUAUCCAGAAAGCUCCGAAUUACGGAAUG